UUUCAGUGGAAUAAAGCCCUAUUAUAUUGUCAUAGAACAAGCUCCGUACCCAAUAGUUUACACUGUUAAAAAGUUUAUGCUACUCACCGGCCUGUGUUGAGUGGAUAUUGCAUCAGGAAGUUUUGAAUGUACCAUGGCAGCGCAGUUUUUUAACAGGCUCGGUCAGAUUGGUUUGGGAGUAGCUGUAGUUGGCGGUGUUGUAAAUUCCGCAUUAUAUAAUGUGGAUGGUGGCCACAGGGCUGUUAUAUUUGACAGAUUUGCUGGUGUAAAGAAGCAGGUGGUGGGUGAGGGAACCCAUUUUUUCAUACCAUGGAUACAAAGGCCAAUAAUUUUUGACAUACGUUCAAGGCCAAGGAAUGUGCCUGUUAUCACAGGAAGCAAAGAUUUGCAGAAUGUCAACAUAACCCUUCGUAUCUUAUUCCGACCUCUGCCGGAUCAGUUGCCACGAAUUUACACUAUCCUCGGAGUCGAUUAUGAUGACAGAGUACUGCCUUCAAUAACCACAGAAGUACUUAAAGCUGUUGUUGCUCAAUUUGAUGCUGGUGAACUCAUCACUCAGAGAGAACUUGUGUCGCAAAAAGUGAGUGAAGAUCUAAUGGAACGUGCAUCACAGUUUGGUGUUAUAUUGGAUGACAUCUCAAUUACUCAUUUGACUUUUGGGAAAGAAUUCACCCAGGCUGUAGAACUCAAACAGGUAGCACAACAAGAAGCAGAGAAGGCACGCUUCUUGGUAGAAAAGGCUGAGCAGCAGAAGAAAGCAGCUGUUAUAUCUGCGGAGGGGGAUGCACAAGCCGCACUGUUGUUGGCCAAGUCAUUUGGAGAAGCAGGAGAAGGUCUGGUAGAACUGCGGCGGAUUGAAGCAGCAGAAGAUAUUGCGUAUCAGUUGUCAAGAUCUCGCCAAGUUGCGUACUUGCCACCUGGGCAGAAUGUACUGCUGAACUUGCCAACACAAUAGAAAAAUGUGCCCGCUGCAUCCAUACAGCCUCACUGUUGAGUCCCUUGUGACAUCCACAGAUCUGCAAAGGAAACAAGUAUUUCGCAGAGAUGUUAAUGUUUCCAUUGUGGUUCAUCCUGUUCGCAUUUACAGAAAUGGAUAUAUGUGGUUCACUGGCAGUGUUAACUUUUAGUACUACAUUCAGUGUGACAGAAAGAUAUUUUGUGUUACUGUGAAAACAGGAAUUUGUAAUGUGUAAGCAUUUGCUGUGUAUUUCAUAAUGAAGACUGAUUAUAUGUCA